AUGUUGGACAUUUCGCGUCCAUCUCUCUUUCGUUUGAAAAAAGAAAUGGAAGAACAACUUCAUGCAGAAGAACGUGAUUUACGAUCAACAUCCUUGACUUAUUCUACAUCAAGAUCGCAUCGAAAGCGUAAUUAUUCUUACAGUGGCUCAUCUCAAGCAAAAAUCGUCGUUCCUGCAGCUAAAUCUCCUAAAAAAAGAGGCAGAAAUCUUUCAAAAACUUUUUCAGAAGAAGUGGAUAACGCCGUCCGACAUCAAUUUUAUGUUUUAUUAACUGAAAAAAUCUAUCCAACUGUUGAAAUACUUUUCAAUCGACUUCAAACCGUUUAUUCUGACUUGAGGGUGUGGGUGGGUGUGUGAUUGUGGGUGUGGGUGGGUGGGUAUGGGUGAGUGGGGUGAAUCAAAAGAAAAUCAACACCCACACCCACACCCACACCCACACCCACACCCACACCCACACCCACACCCACACCCACACCCACACCCACACCCACACCCACACCCAC